GUCCUGAACGAGUGCAUGGGUCUGCCGCCGGGCUUCCUCAGCGGCUACAACGGUGACCACAGCUUCGAUUUCAGGGCGGCGCAUCACUACUUCCCGGCGACGGAGGAGGGGAACAACGGCCUCAGCGCGCACGAGGACGGCAACUACAUCACCUUCGUCUUCCAGGACGGCGUCGGGGUCGGGGGCCUAGAGAUCCUCAAGGACGGCGAGUGGGUCCCGGCGGAGCCCUUGGACGGCAGCAUCAAUGUCAACAUCGGCGACAUCAUAAAGGUGCUGACCAACAACAAGUUUAAGAGCCCGAUGCACCGGGUGGUGAGGAAGCCGGUGGACAUGCACUCGUUCGCCUUCUUCUUCAGCCUGCACAGCGACAAGUGGGUCGAGCCGCUGCCGGAGUUCACGACGAACAUCGGCGAGGCGCCGCGCUACAGGGGGUUCGUCUUGGACGAGUACCUGCAGAGGCGGAUGAGGGCCCAGCUCAAUCCACCGUCCAGGCCCGAGGACGUCAUCCACAACAACAACAUCACCUACUAUGCUAUCUAGCCUGGGAAAUCGGUUUCGAUCGCACAAAUGUAUAAGAGCUGCACGGUCUGCUAAGAAGUUGUUGUUACGAAAAUUGGGACUGUAAAAUGUGAAU